AUGAAUUAUCCAAAAGAGUUCUUUUCCCCUCUUCUUUAUUUCCCGAUCUUCUUCUUCAUCUCCGAUCACCGCUUCCCGCCGCCUCACACCGUCCCACCACCACCAUUCCCGCGGCCUUCCACUGCUUUCUGCGCCACCGCCCUUGUCCCACCGCCGCUGCCAUCUCCGCUGCUUGCACCACCGCGCCGCGCGCCGCUCACGCCUCCUCCGUGCCGCCGCUUGCCGCUGCUCGUUACUGCCGCACCGCCGCCGCCGCCGGGUUGCUCUCACCGCCGCGCCGCCGCGUUGCCGUCGCCGCCGUCGACUGCUGCACCGCCACUGUCAGCUCUGACAGCCUUCACUGCCGGCCGCCCCAAUCGUCCUGCAUCAAUUUUGGCCGCUGCUAGUUACUGCCGCACCGCCGCCGCCCCGCCGCGCCGCCGCCGGGUUGCUCACCGCCGCGCCGCCGCGUUGCCGUCGCUGCCGUCGACUGCUGCACCGCCACUGUCAGCUCUGGUAUCAACUCUGUUUCUCCUCCCCGCCGGUUAAACCUGUUCAU